AUGUCUUCCGAACAGUCCAUUGCCCAGCAGCUUCUCCAAAAGCACGCCGAGGAUCCCCACCAUGUCACCGUUGAAGACGUUCCCGACGAAGAACUCACUUCCAACCUGGCGAAAGAUGGUUCUGCGUCUUGGGUGGCUUCUGCAACCAGCAACUCUGCUGGGAAAAAGAAAGAGACCCUCGAUACGCAGUCGCAUGAAGUGUUUCCAGAACUCGGAUCGUCAAAGGGCAAGAGCGCCAAUGUUGCCCCUAUCUGGGGUGCCAAGAGCGGCGUCAACGGCAAGAAUCAUGGCGCCGCCGCCACCACUAAUGGAACCUCACACUCCUCACCUUCUGCGUCUGGAACUACCACGCCAUCCAAAGCCGCUACCCCUUCAAUGAUUAUUCCCGGUCGCAACGUCGAAACAGUGACUCUGGAGCCUCAAUUCAUCCUUCCCCGCGGCCAACUGAAGCGUCCUAUCCCAGAUAUUCUGAAGGACAUCAAUCGAAAGUCGCGAGCCAACAUUACCAUGGCCACGGCGCCAAACGGCCGUCUUCGAUUUGACGCGACCGGUCCUCAGGAGGUUGCUCAACAGGCUCUCAAGGAUUUGGUCCAGCAAAUCGGCACGAGGACAUCCAUCAAAGUGGCCAUCCCCUUUUCCGCUCGAGCUCAAGUCAUUGGCAAGGGGGGCUCCAUGAUCCGGGCUUUGCAAGACAAGACUGGUGCCAAGAUUCAGCUUCCCAAAAUUGAGGACAAUGCUCUCUUGGCUGAUGACGACGAGGCUACCAUUGACGUGACCGUGGAAGGAAAUGCACUCUCUGCGGCGUCCGCCCGGAACGAGCUCCUCAAGAUUGCUAGCGAACGACCAGCCACCGUACAGACCAAAGUUCGUGGCGUUCCUGCUGCGUUCUAUCCUUUUAUCGCCGGACCUGCCAACUCGCUGGCUCAGGCCUUGGAAGAGAACCACGGGAUUCAGGUCCGGGUACCAGCGCACCAGGCUAUCUCGGGGGCUCCCAUCCCCGCCGCCCCGCUAGCUGGGCAGCGGCCCGUUUUUGUAGCCGCUGGCCCCGAGGAGGAACACAUUCAGCUUGCUGGAGACAGAGAAGCCGUGCAGCAGGUGCGUGCCGAAAUCGAGCGCCAAGUCGCAGAGCUGCGAAAGCAACUCGAGCUCGAGCAGCUCUCUAUCCAGAGAGGCCGACAUCAGUUCAUCAUUGGGGGUCGUGGUGUGGCAUCGGAGGAGUUCUUUGCGGAGACUGGAUGUGCCAUCCUCCUCCCAUCCGAGGAGGAUGACGACAUGGUCACCAUCAUUGGCCCUGCCAGUCGCGUACACUCCGGCGUCGAGAAGGCCAUGGACCUGGCAAUGGGCAUGCAAAUGUCCAACAUGGAUGUUGCUAGGUUCCACCGCGGGGCCCCGGGCGGUGCUGCUGCCCAUGCCGGACAUGUGACGCGCUAUCUCCGCCAUCGCAAGGAAAUUGACCGCCUUGAGAAGCUCUACAACACCCACAUCAACACUCCCUUUUCCCAAGAUGGCGCCUUGCCCUGGGAGCUGUACUCUCGGGAAGGGAAGAACGCUAUCCGUGCUCAGUCUGAAAUCACCAGCAUCAUCAGCGGCCAUCCUCCUGCUCGGAUGCUGCCCGUCAGCAUCGAUCCUUUCUUUCACCAGCAUCUGCGCACCGACGUCACUCCCAAGGUCAAGAAAGACUUUGGCGUUCACAUCGUGGUGCCCGAAGCAUCCGAGACAGAUGCCCAGGUACUGCUGGUAUUUGAAGGCCCUGAUCCCGACGAGGGCGCCUACCAACUGCCCAAAACGAAGCCCUCCAACGCGGAACUGCUCGCGUUCAAGAAGUCUCUUCAAGACGCCGAAAAGCACAUAUUGGAUCUCAUCAACAAGCAGGAAUCCCUGUCCAGUGCGUCCCUGGAGGUGCCGGCCAAGUAUCACGAGCGGCUCAGACGCUUCAUUAAAAAGGAGCAAGAGAACCGUGCUCUUGACCAGAUUCCCAUUCGCGUCACCAAGGUUGGAACCACUGUGACGCUGCGUGGCCCCAAGUCCCUUGUGGAUGCCCUGGUGACCAAAGCCGAGGCCUUUAUCGAGCAAGAGAAACAGGAUGAGAAGGAACGAGGCUUCACCCUGACUUUUGAGUUCCCGCAGAAGUUUGCAAACCACCUCAUUGGCAAAGGCGGCAGCAACAUCAAGGAGCUUCGGGACCGAUUCGACGUGGAAAUCCAGGUCCAAGAGGGGCAAGUUGAGCUCAAGGGACCCAAGGCUAAAGCCGAGGAAGCUCGGCGAUACAUUCAGAACCUCGGCCGGGCUCUGGCUGAUGAGAUUACGCACGUGCUCAAGAUCGACCCCAAGUACCACCGCGAGCUCAUUGGAGCUCAGGGGAGCCAGAUCAGUCGCCUCCAGACCCGCUACAAGGUGCUCAUCUUUUUCCCUCGGUCAGCCAAGGCAACCACCGAUGAUCAAUCCGCUGCUGUUGACGCGGCCGGCGAAGCCGCCAAGCCUCGACGUCAGCAGGCUCCUGACGAGGUGAUCAUCCGGGGCCCGAAGAGGGGUGCGGAUGAGGCUCGUGACGAGAUCUAUUCUCUGCACAAGUAUCUCGAGGAGCACUCGGUGACGGAUACCGUUUCUGUCCAGCAGAAGCAGGUUGGGUCUCUGAUUGGCCAGGGCGGCGCGGCUCUGGAUGAGCUGCGACAGACCACCGGGGCGCGCAUCGACGUCCCCGCCGACCGUGAUGCAGACGUUGUGGAAAUCUCCAUCAAGGGCACUGCUGCCCAAGUAGCCAAAGCUCGCAAGAUUCUCGAAGAGAAGCGAGCGGUUUUUGACGACACUGUAGUCAAGACAAUCGAGGUGGACAAGAAGCAUCAUAAAGCGCUGAUUGGCUCUGGCGGCUCGAGCCUCAGGGAGAUUGUUGUCGGAGCCGGUGGGUCAGACGACCGGCGCGAGCUCGCUCGCACGAUCCAGUUCCCCAAGCAGGACGCGGAUGCGAACGUGAUCAAGGUCGAGGGGCGCACCGACGUGGUGCAGAAAAUCAUGGCGCGCAUCCAGGAGAUUGUUGCCGAGCGCGACAGCCAGGUGACGGAAAUGGUUGAAGUGCCCAUCGAGCAUCACCGAUCUCUGAUUGGACGAGGCGGCGAGACCAAGCGUCAAAUGGAGACGAAAUUUGGCGUUUCAAUAGAUGUGCCGAGGCAGGGCGACGGGAAGACGGGCGUCAAGGUGACUGGCCGGCCAGAGAAGGUGGCUCUGGCAAGGGAACACAUGUUGAGCCUCAUACAGCAGCAGCAGGGAGAAGUGGUUCAGAUCCCUCGCAACGCUCACCAUGCUGUUUCCAGCAACGGGCAGCUGUUCCGCCAGCUUCGAAACAACCACCAGGUCACGGUGGAUCACGCCGGCCACGCCGUUCCCCAGAAACCCGACGGUUCGGCCAGGGCGCACGCCGGGCCUCUGCCCCUCAUCACGGACGAUGCCGGGGCGGCGGCAGACGCUCACUCUUGGAAGGUAGUCAAGACGGUGUCGACGGAAGAAGGAGACAUUCCCUGGGUCUUGCGAGGGUCGCCGGAAAACGUGCAAAAGGCAAAGGAGAUGAUCCAGAAGGCCUUGGAGCAGUCCAAAAAGACGGACGCCACGGGCUACCUCGUCCUGCCCGAUCCCAAGACUUACCGCCACGUAAUCGGGCCCAACGGCUCCAAAGUCAACGCCAUCCGACAGCAGAGCAACUGCCGGAUCCAAGUGCCACGAGACCAGGCACGAGACGAAGCCAUCGAGAUUGUUGGCACGCAAGAGGGUGUGGAAAAGGCCAAGGAUCUGAUCCUGGCGGCUGUGCGAGAGGGACAAAGGCCCCGAGAAUAG